GGAGCGGGACCGGGGUGAGAUCGGAACCGGGAUGGGAGCGGGACCGGGCUGAGAUCGGGACCAGGACUGGGAGCGGCACCGGGACUGCAGCUGGGACCGGCACCGGGAGCGGAACUGGGACUGGAGUGGAGCUGGGAUUGGGAUUGGGAUUGGAGCUGGAAUCAGGACCGGGACACAGCUGGAAUCGGAACCAGAGCUGGGAUUGGGACCGAGUUUGGAGCUGGUAUCGGGAGCUGGGAUCGUGACCGUGAGCAGGAUCGGAGGCGGGCCCGGGAUCGGAGCUGGGGUCGGAGCCGGGAGUGGAUCGGGCCCGGUCUGUGCCCGCCGGGGAGCGAUGGCAGCAGCCGAGGGGAAUAAACUUUGGGGUGGAAGAUUCAGUGGAAGCACAGAUCCAAUCAUGGAGAUGCUCAAUGCUUCCAUUAGCUACGACCAGAGGCUGGCUGAGGUGGAUAUCCAGGGGAGCAGGGCUUAUGCCAAAGCCUUGGAGAAGUCUGGAAUCCUAUCUAAAACUGAGCUGGAGAAAAUCCUGGGUGGCCUGGAAAAGAUCUCUGAGGAAUGGUCCAAAGGAGUCUUUGGUGUGAUCCAGACUGAUGAGGAUAUCCACACUGCCAACGAGCGCAGGCUGAAGGAGCUGAUUGGAGACGUAGCUGGGAAGCUGCACACUGGCAGAAGCAGGAAUGAUCAGGUUGUGACUGACCUGAAGCUGUUCCUGAAGAAUUCCCUCUCCAUCAUCUCCACACACCUCCUGCAGCUCAUUGAGACCCUGGUGGAACGUGCUGCCAUAGAAAUCGAUGUGAUCCUGCCUGGCUACACCCACCUGCAGAAAGCUCAGCCCAUCCGAUGGAGCCAGUUCUUGCUCAGCCAUGCUGUUGCUCUGACCCGCGAUUCUGAGCGCCUGGGAGAGGUGAAGAGGAGGAUCAAUGUCUUGCCUUUGGGAAGUGGAGCUCUGGCUGGAAACGCCCUGGGAAUCGACAGAGAGCUGCUGUGCAGUGAGCUGGACUUUGCUUCCAUCAGCCUGAACAGCAUGGAUGCUGUCAGCGAGAGGGACUUUGUGGUGGAAUUCCUGUCAGUUGCCACCCUGCUGAUGAUCCACCUCAGCAAGAUGGCUGAGGAUCUCAUCAUCUACAGCACCAGCGAGUUUCUCAUCAUCUACAGCACCAGCGAGUUCGGCUUCCUCACCCUCUCUGAUGCCUACAGCACUGGCAGCAGCCUGAUGCCUCAGAAGAAGAAUCCCGACAGUCUGGAGCUGAUCCGCAGCAAAGCCGGGCGAGUGUUCGGCCGGCUGGCUGCAGUUCUCAUGGUCCUCAAAGGACUCCCCAGCACCUACAACAAGGACCUGCAGGAGGACAAGGAGGCCGUCUUUGAUGUCGUAGACACCCUGAAUGCUGUGCUGCAGGUUGCCACUGGAGUGAUUUCCACCCUCCAGAUCAGCAAGGAGAACAUGGAGAGGGCGCUGAGCCCGGAGAUGUUGGCCACUGACCUGGCUCUCUACCUGGUUCGGAAGGGAAUGCCCUUCAGACAAGCCCACGUGGCCUCGGGCAAAGCCGUCCAGCUGGCCGAGACCAAAGGCAUCACCAUCAACAACCUCAGCCUGGAGGAGCUGCAGAACAUCAGCCCCCUGUUUGGCAGCGACGUGGCGCAGGUGUUCAGCGUGGUGAGCAGCGUGGAGCAGUACACGGCCGCGGGCGGCACCGCCAAGAGCAGCGUGUCCGCCCAGAUCGAGCAGCUGAGGGAGCUGCUCAAGAGGCUCAAGGAACAGGCUUAGAGUGUGGGGAGAGAUGCCCACCCCUCGGUCUGUGUCGGAGUCUGAAACACAAAAUGUGUGCCCUUGUCUCUGAUGCCUUGUCUCUGAGAUCCAGGAGAACACUGAAUUUCAUAGAAGGUGAAAUUUAUAGGCAU